CAGCUCAGCAACGAUUAUCAAUGACACCAUGACUGGAAACCUGACCCCUAAAGAAAGUUUUUGCUGUAGUGACAAGGCAAUCCUUCCAGUGCCAUGGCUUCUAGAAAACAAACAGGAUUGAUCAGCUAUGGAGGGAAAACCUGUCAAAAUCCCAGCCUCAGUGCCACAGUUCACCAAUUCACCAACUAUGGUGAUCAUGGUAGGAUUGCCAGCACGGGGAAAAACUUACAUCUCUAAAAAGCUCACCCGCUACCUCAACUGGAUUGGGAUCCCCACAAAAGUGUUCAAUGUUGGGCAGUAUCGCCGUGAAGCCGUCCAGACAUACAAGAAUUAUGAGUUCUUCCGCCCAGACAAUGAGGAAGCUAUGCAGAUCCGGAGACAGUGUGCAUUAGCAGCUCUUCGGGAUGUCCAAAUCUAUCUGAGCGUGGAAGAGGGACAAGUGGCGGUUUUUGAUGCCACUAACACUACACAGGAACGCCGUGCCCUUAUCUUGCAGUUUGCCAAGGAGAAUGGCUACAAAGUUUUCUUCAUUGAAUCCAUCUGCGAUGAUCCGGACAUCAUUCAGGAAAAUAUCAAGCAAGUGAAGCUAACCAGUCCUGAUUAUAAGGACUGUAACCGAGAUGAAGUGGUGGAGGAUUUCCUCAAGAGGAUUGACUGUUACCAGAAAACCUACCAGCCAUUAGAUGAUGAGUUGGACAGUUCCCUGUCCUACAUUAAGAUCUUCAAUGUUGGCAGUCGGUACCUAGUGAACAGGGUUCAGGACCACGUACAGAGUCGCACUGUUUAUUACCUGAUGAAUAUCCACGUGACACCCCGCUCCAUCUACCUCAGUCGGCACGGGGAGAGCGAGCUUAACCUCCGGGGGUGCAUUGGGGGUGACUCUGGGCUAUCUGAGCGUGGCAAACAGUAUGCCUGUGCUUUGGCCAACUUCAUCCGUUCCCAGUAUAUCCACGACCUCAAGGUCUGGACAAGCCACAUGAAACGCACAAUCCAAACAGCAGAAGCACUACAUGUGCCCUAUGAACAGUGGAAAGCAUUGAAUGAGAUCGAUGCGGGUGUCUGUGAGGAGAUGACUUAUGAAGAAAUCCAGGCCAGUUAUCCACAAGAGUUUGCCCUGCGAGAUCAGGACAAGUACCGCUACCGCUAUCCUAAAGGAGAAUCCUAUGAAGAUUUGGUGCAGCGCCUGGAGCCGGUAAUCAUGGAGCUGGAACGGCAAGAGAACGUGCUGGUGAUUUGCCACCAAGCUGUCAUGCGCUGCCUCCUUGCCUACUUCCUGGACAAAAGUGCAGAGGAAUUGCCAUACCUCAAGUGCCCACUGCACACUGUUCUCAAGCUCACCCCAGUGGCAUACGGCUGCGAGGUGGAAUCCAUUUUUCUCAAUAUUGAGGCUGUGAAUACACACCGGGAACGCCCCACGCAUUUAUCCUACAAAGCUAGCCAGGCCCCCUUGUAUCGGCACUACCGCGCUGUGCCAAUGGCUAGCCCUGAGCCCACCAAACAACCCUGCUGGAAAGAUCUGGGGCGUUCUCCUCCCUCUUGCCUGUUUGACCCUCAGAAUGUUGAUGUGUCACGAGAGCCUACGGAAGCCCUAGAUACCGUGCCAGACCAUUAUUAAACUUAAAACACUAAAAACAAAAAUAAACUUACUUUAUUGAAGAGGUUCUAUUACUAAUAUAGAUAUACAGUGCCAUCUAGAGAAACGUGACUGGAAUGCAAGUUCUGAACUACUUCAUAUCACUUUAU